AUGGCGGAGUGGGAGGAGGAGGAGCGGGAGGAGGAAGAGGAGGAGGAAAAGGCCGUCCUGGGGCGGUCCCGGGGCGGGGAAAACACGAUCCCGGCCGUCCUUCGCCAGUGGAGCGUGGCUGCACAGGGCAGGAGGAACAGAUGUUUCUUCAACCGCACCCAGGAGUUCUGUGUGUGCUACAACCUGUCUGAGGAGACGGCUGGGAGCAUCAUCCAGUGCCUGCCAGCGACUGUGGUGGAGUUUUGGGGUGGAGAUCUGGAGAAAUACACAGCCUUCCCCAUUGGGGACCUGGAGGACUCCAUCAUUGACACUCUGGGCUCCCUUAUCAUCCAGAAAAUCAUUAUUGGGAAUGUCCUGGUGCCUGAGGUGCUCCUGGCCCGUGUGCUGAGGUUCUUCUCCUACACCCACGUGCAGGAGCUGGCCUUUGACAGCUGCAUUUUCCAGGGCACGGGUGACUGGAGUGACAUGGACGGGCAGGACCUGCCCAUCCUGUCCCUGAGCUUCCACAACGUGACCUCUGCUCCUCUGACAGGCCAUGAGCCGGCCUUCUCCAGCCUGGGCAGGUGGCUGGGGACCCUGCAGGAGCUGGCUGUCACCGGCUCCCGUGUCACCGGCCUGCCCUGUGCCAUUGGGAGGCUGCUCGGAGCCCUGCACUCCCUGGACCUGGCACACAACAGCCUCGGGGAUGGGAGCCUGGCCCCUGCCUUCUGCCAGGGAGCUUUCCCUCAGCUCCAGCAGCUGAGUCUGCACCACAACAACCUCAGCUCCUACCACGGUGUGUGUGAGGGCGUGGGGCUGCUGCCACAGCUCCAGCACCUGGAUCUCAGCCACAACGAGCUCAGGGAGGACCCAUCCUCCUCCUGCCAGUGGCCACCAUCCCUCCAGCACUUCAACCUGUCCAACACUGGCUUGGAUGAAGUGCCAGCCCCGCUGCCUCCCCACCUCCAGGUGCUGGACAUGAGCCACAACCACCUCCACGCUGUCGACAUCUCCCUCAGCUCCUUGAGGAAACUCUUCCUGAACCAAAACCUGCUGCAGGCCGUGCCCUCCAUCAGGGAUUACCCCAAGCUGGACACCCUCCACCUGGACAACAACUCCAUUUCAGAGCUGCCCAGGGCUGAGGUGAAGCUCCUGGGGCGCCUGCAGGACGUGGCUGUGGCUGGGAACCCCUUCAGCUGCUCCUGCUCCGGGGCCGGGGGGCUGCAGGCGCUGGCAGCCACGGGGCACCUGGGCCAGGCCUGGCCUGGGGACUACAGGUGCCACUCCCCAGAGCAGUACCAGGGCUGGCAGGUGGCACAGGUGCCCGUGUCCGUGCUGCACUGUGACCCUGCCGCCGUGGCGGCCCCGCUCUGCGUGGUCCUGGCCCUGCUGACUGGGGCUGGGGCCGUGUGGGUGGCCAGGAGCAGGUCCUGCCACAGAGCCUGAGGGGCACCGGGACCCUGCACAGCAGAGCUGCCCCACAGGGGCUCCUGGGCACCCCACAGCGCCCUGUUCUGCUCUUGCUGUGCCCACAGGGGCUCCUGGGCACCCCACAGCGCCCUGUUCUGCUCUU